CCUCCACUGCUAGACUAAAGGAAACAAGAAAGAUAAGGAACAAAGCAAAAUACAAGCCUUUUCUAACCCUGAGUGGAGCAAUUUUUCUUUUGCAAGUGGAAAAGGUAGGGGUAGUACAUUUGCAGACCUUUUCCAUGGAAUACCCCUCAUGUACCUUCUUGACAUGCGAGGAAGCUUUGUGUUUUUCAACUUUUAAGCAUUAUUCUCAUUUUUUUCUUAGAUCAUCAGUAUUCCUCAAAAUAUUGUUUUGGGAAUACUGAAUUCCUUUACUGAGUUGCUCACUUUUUUAUUAUUAAAGACGAAGCUCCCCUAAGGAGGUUGGAGUGAUUUGAUCUGCAUCAAAGAGGAAAAGAGGGGAACACUUCUCUUGUCAUCUGGACUUCAUUGGAACAGGGGCAGAAUGGUAUGCUUGAGCUUCUUGUUAAGCAUGCUGCUGCUGUAUCUGGCAGAAGCUGAGAAGCUGUAUCACAGCCGGGAUCACUCAGAUAUUCAUCUCUCCCCUGGGAGUCAAGCUGGCCCAAUCCUGACUUUUAAGUCUGCAAAGCAAUAUCUGGCUAGGUAUGGAUGGAUUAAGCCUGUAAAUUGGGAGUCAUUGGAGUACCACAAUGUAUUGCUACCCCAAGAGAAAGACCCUGCCCCUCCAGACAUCCUGUCCUUUAUGUCAGAAGGGCAGUCAAUCGGCAGGUACAUCACUGACAUGCCACCCACAGAGCUCACUCCAGACCCAAGCUUCAUCAACGCUCUCAAGCUUUUCCAGGAAGCCAACAGCCUUCCUGUGACAGGUCUUCUUGACAGUGUCACCAAGGAGGCUAUGAAUAGACCUCGAUGUGGUGUUCCAGAUCACGAAGCCUCACCAGAAGGGAAAGGUCCUGAUAACUCAAUUGGAGUCAGUUGGAACUCAACUCUUGAAAGUCACUCCAAUGUUGAAAAUGACACAGUCAUAAAGAGCUCAGACCAGUCGAUUGAUACUAGUUCCUUCAAUUACAACAUCAGCAACAGCAUGGGGCAACACAGGGAGAGACGUUUUCUCCAGAAGCUGGUGGAUUACUCACACAGGAAACGUAGAGCUGCAGACUAUAUUGAGAAUAACACCAAUGGACUAAGAUUCUCCAAGGCGACUCUUAAAUGGAGGCUUCUUGGGGAGGGCUACAGUGCCUGGCUCCCCAUUGACGACCAAAGGUACACCCUGAAACAAGCUUUCCGAAUGUGGAGCGAGGUAAUGCCCCUGAAUUUUGAAGAGGAUUUAACUUCCCAGGCCAGUGAAAUUGACAUCAAGCUGGGUUUUGGAACACGAAGGCACCUUGGCUGCUCACAGGCUUUCGAUGGAACAGGUCAGGUAUUUGCACAUGCCUGGCACUUGGGGGAUAUACAUUUUGAUGACGAUGAACAUUUCGUGCCACCGAAGAGUGAUCAAGGAAUAAGCCUCUUAAAGGUGGCAGUGCAUGAAAUAGGCCACGUGCUGGGACUGUCCCAUAUCAACCGGCCAGGCUCUGUAAUGCAGGCCAACUACAUCCCUCAGGAUUCUAAUCUAGAACUUGACUGGAUGGAUAGGAAGGCUGUUCAACAGAUAUAUGGUGCCUGUGAGAACAGUUUCAGCACAGUUUUUGACUGGGUCUACAAAGAGAUGAACCAGUUUGGAGAGCCAGCUUACCGCUUCAACACCUACUUUUUCCGGAACAGCUGGUACUGGAUGUACGAGAACCACAGCAACAGGACUCGCUACGGUGAUCCCAACCUAGUAGGUGUAGGCUGGCGUGGGAUACCGCCCACGGACCUAGACGGAUUUGUCCACAUUUGGACAUGGAAUAAAGAUUACACACUUUUCUUUAAAGGCACGCAGUACUGGCGGUAUGACAGUGAGAAUGAUCAGGCUUAUACUGAAGAUUCUCAGGGAGGGGCAUACCCUAAACUCAUAAGCGACGGCUUCCCAGGAAUCCCCAGCCCUAUCGAUACAGUCUUCUUUGACAAACGGGACCACAACAUCUAUUUCUUCAGGGGAAACAAUGUCACUGCCUUCAAUGUCGACCUCCAUAGCAAAGUCGCUGGCUACCCCAAGCGGAUUACUGAUGUUUUCCCUGCGGUAGUGUUUGCCGAUCAUCCAGUGGGCAACCUGAAUGCUGCCUACUUCUCUUAUUAUUACCAGUCAAUCUACUUAUUCAAAGACAGGGUCUUCUGGAAGGUGGUGGAUGAUAAGGAGCGACUGGCCAACCCAGCUCUGCCAUACAACGGUCUGCUACCUCACCACAGGAUCAGUGAGCAGUGGUUCGACAUCUGCGACGUUCAUCCAUCCAUGCUCAACAUGGGUUCAACCAAUACAGAUAACACUUAAAAAUAAGCAAUGAAAACAUUUCAAGUUUGGCCCAAUCUGGCAUCAAAACAUUAUUGAAAGUCAGGUUUUAGUUGCGAUCAGGACCUAAUUAGUACUUUGCGACACAAAUACAAGCUGUUGUGGGGUGUGGUGUAUUGGAGCUAUACAGCUCUGUAUUCUGUGCUACAAGAAAGUGUAGUUGUCUGUAAUAGGGCUGCACUUCAGUAGUUGAUUAUUUGGUGGUGUACUGUUUGCUUAGCCCUUAUAUGACAUUGUAUUAGAUUCUCAAAGCUAUUUACUCCUAUACUGCAAUUUUUUUUUAAAUAAAAAUACAAAAAAUACAUCAAUUACAAUGAAGAAAACAAGCCAGCCUACAAAGUGCGAUUUGGCAGACAAGGGCCAAACUAAUAGGUUUUGCAUUUUCUAUUGGGGUUUGUUGCAUGUACUGGCUCUGAGCCUUCUAUUAUCAGGUAAUAAUGGUGAAAGCAAGGCUUAGUCUAGUAAAACAUGGAGGAGUAUUGCAAGGCAGAAUGAUAGUCACCCUCCAAUUAAACUUACUUAAGAACAAUAGUGAUAUUCUUGUACUUCUUUUUUUACUUGAUCAAAUAAAAUAUCUCCACAAUAAUGAGUUGGGAAUUUUCCAGAAUUACAGGAAAGUGGUGUUGUACAUUUUGAGUUUACUGUCUGUAUGCUGUAUUUGCGAUUUACUUGUGGUACUGUGCAAUUCUUUCAUUUACAUCUGAACCAAAAGAGUUAAGACAGUAUCACAAUGUAAUAUUUGCAGUGUAGACCCCUGCUCAUCCUCUUAGCAGAUGCUAACCAUGCCAAAUGAAUGGUGAUGUGUUGAUGCUGAUUUUAAUUGCCUCAUUAUAUAUGUUUUGUCUGUUGUUGUGUGUGUAUGUGUGUGUUGUGUGUUUUUUUAUUUUUUUAUUUUGUUAGUAAAGACAGUUUAUCCUUACUUUGAUGAAAACACAAGCUACAUAAUAGGAAAUUAGGAAAGCUUUGAUAAAAACAUUAAAUAUUUAAUGUCUCCUGAACUACAAGAAGCAGUCACUGUCUCUGAGGAGCAGAUCUGUGCUACAAGAAAUUGUAAGCUGAGUAAACCUCAGAAUAAACUGACUAAUCUGAGUUAAUCUCACAAUUGUAUUUUUCUGUCAAUGGCAGUACAUUGAAUAAGCAGCAAUAAACAUUCCUUCGUUUUGGUGACUGCUGGUGCUGGUUCACUGUUUAUGUAAAGCACAUUUAAAUUAUUAAAACUAUACUCACAAUAACAACUAUUGUACCUUCAAACUGCAAAACAUAUUACCUCAGUUUCUAUGUAUUACCUGCAUGUAGAAUUCUCACAAUGACCUGUCAGUUCUAAGCUGUUUUGACACUGCAGGAGCAGACUUAUUUAAUUGAAUUUUAAUAUUUCUGUAACAAUGUUUACUGUUGUUAGAACUUGACAAGUGGCUGACAAGCCAUGCACUUACUGCAUGUAUACAUCUUUAUGAAUAAAUGAAUUAGUUUUG